CAAACUCAGACCGGAAACGUGUCACCUUAGGGGCGGGGCGCAGGUAGGCUAGGUGGAGAAUCUUCUAUCCGAGAAGGUAAACGCGGAAGCAAAGGAAAACUGAACGAGAGAAAUUUCAGAAAAUAACAGAUAGAUAAGGAUUUCAUGCUGCUGGACGAACAAUAAAAACAAUUUGAUGAUGGGCCUGUGUGACGGCCUCUCCCACUGUAAACUGGCCCUGGCCUUUGCUGUGUUGAUGGACUUACUGGGAGGAACUGCUCUGCUGCUGGGAGUCUUCGCCCCCAUGGAGAUCAAAGGACAAGACUUUGGAGACUUACUGGUCUAUAGUGGAGCUCUGUUCAUGCUGAUGUCUCUGGCCGGAUGGGUGCUGUGGUACAGCGGAAACAUCGAGGGUCUGACGUCCAAGAGUGAACUCGGACACAUCGGCAGCGCCGUCGACCGGCUGGCUCGAAACCUGAGCCGCAAGAUCCGCACGUACAGGGCCAACACUUAUUCGUGAACGGGUCGGUACCCGGCGCUGAGACACGCAACAGGAAGUCUGAAUGCAUUUCAGUUUAAAAGUCUUCUGAUGCCUGUGUUUGUCGGUAUUCACACGAGAUACCGACACUGAAUCAAACUCUUCCUGUCUUAGUGUUACAAGCAUGUCGGAAACAUUUUAAUUCCAAAUGUGCACCUGGUUCUGUUACAUAGUUGUGCUAUUGAUGUUUUAUUAUGAUUAUCAUUUUUUUAUAUAGUAUAUAUAUUCAGUAUAGCAGUGGCAGCUUUCAAUAAAAGCCAUUUGUAAACAUUA